GAGAAAGAGAGAGAGAACACUGGCGGUGUUGAGGGUGACAGAGUGGGGAGGUCGAAUGCGCGUAUCAUAUUACGUCAGGUCAGGGGGUGAGAGAGAGAGAGUGUGUGUGAGAGUGAGAAAAAGUGAGUGAGUGAGAGAACGAGGUGGAGAGGCACCAGCACCAGGCGUCUCUUUGACAUCUGCGCAUUUCUCGCGUUCGCUCAGGGGAAAACUCCAAAACAAGCAACAUGGCGGACCCGAGCAACGAGCCUGCAUCGUCGAGCGGCGUCUCGGAGCAGGUCGCCGCGACGACGGCGGCCACCGCCCACGCGACGCCGAUACGCGAGGACCUCGAGAAACCCGAGGACUUUCCCGAGCCGGACAAGAAGCGACGUAGGACGGUGCGUGCCGAAAAUGACGCCGCGAAAACCGAACAAAAGUUGGAGCACCGUCUGGGCGGUAUCCUCUGCUGCGCAGUUUGUCUCGAUUUGCCACGAGCGGCUGUCUAUCAGUGUGCUAAUGGACACUUGAUGUGUGCUGGUUGCUUCACUCAUGUCCUCGCAGAUGCCAGGCUGCGGGAUGAAAUGGCAACAUGUCCCAACUGCAGAAUCGAAAUCAGCAAGACCAGCGCGUCUCGAAAUCUGGCAGUUGAAAAAGCCGUGUCUGAGUUACCCGCGGAGUGUCAAUAUUGCGCGAAGGAGUUUCCGCGAAAUUCCUUGGAACAUCAUGAAGAGGCUACGUGCGAGGAAAGGAUAUCUAGUUGCAAAUAUAGUAGAAUCGGCUGUCCAUGGCGGGGUCCGAAUCACGAGAUCCCGGAACACGAGGCUCACUGCGUUCAUCCUCAUCGUACAGGUGCGGAUGUGAUGGAGGCUCUACGCGAAAUCGAUGCCCGCACCUUGGAAGAACGUAGGCUCUAUGACAAUGUCUUUGAUCUUUUGUCCUACGAGAAAAUCACGUUUAACGACUUACAGAUGAAGCCAUAUCGUACCGAUGAAUUUGUCCAUAAACUAUUUUAUGAAACCUCACGAUUCGGUGCUUUCAAUAAUCAAUGGGUAGUGAAAGCAAAGAUCAAUAGUAGUCAACGCGAUCCUACUCAAAGUUCAGAGCGAGACAUGACUUAUCAACUGAUACUAAAGACAAAGACCACUUAUCCGCUACCGGUUUAUUACUUGAUCUUGAAAGGCCCAUUUGGCGAUAUGAAAGUGCAUCCGAGAAUUCAUAGAUUUGAGUUCACCGAGCAGGAAAACGAAAGUCCGUAUUUUACAUUACCAUUACCGGACACAGCAGAGUGCAAUAGACUUCUCGCUGCUAAGGCCAUCAGUUUUAGAUUAAUAAUGUUCCUGGCGUCUAAGUAGCUUAUAAGGAUAAUAUCUAUUGUCAAGAUUUUGUCACAAAUGGAACCGAUCGACGCGAUCUUCUGGAUGUAAUAAUAAAUAAGAAUAAUAGAGAUCACAGAGAUUUAUAAUCAUUUAUAGUAGCGCUAAUCAUGAUAAUAAUUAGCAAAAGAAAUUGAAGAUGCUUUUAUCACUGGAAUGUUUCAAAGUAAUAUGUUGAGAUAAAGUUAAAUUAUAUAUAAAAUUAAUAUAAUAAACAGUAUAUAUAUAUAUAUAUAUAUAUAUAUAUAUAUAUAUAUAUAUAUAUAUAAUACUGUACAACUAUACACACAAUAUACAAAAAACACAGAUAUCGUUUGAAAAAUUAAUUUAGUUAAAUUUUCUUUUUUUUUACAUUUCUUUCGCAUUAAAUUUUUAUAUUUAAAGAAGAAAGAACUAAAGACUAGAGAGUAUCUAUAUGUAGAUUAUUGUUAGACAAUAAGCAGACUUAAUUUUAUGUACCAAUUGUGCAAUGUACUUGUAUUUCAAGAUGAAGCUAAAUGAACAGUAUCACACUUAGAUAAUACUAAUUUAAUACACAUACCUGUCCACGAGAAGUCUCUCGUGUUUCUUUUAUUUAAAUAAAUAAGACGCUAUUGAUGUAAAAUUUCGAAUAAAGGUUUGGAAUUGUAAUAAGCCUAAAAA